GGGACACCAGUCCCCUCCCUCCCGCCCUGCCUCCGUCCUUCCCGCACCCCGCGGGCUGCAGCCGGAGCUCAGGGUGCCCCGGCCCCUCUCGCCGCCGCCACUGGCGGCCUCAGCUCCCGGCCGCCCCACCGAAGUUCCCCGCGGUGGGCGGGCCGGGGCGGCGGGAGCGGGUCUCCCUCCCCACCGCCCCCGGGAAGCGGCCCGCCGCGCUCCCCGCCCGCUUCGCCUCCCGCCGGCAGCCGCCGCCUUCUGGGCCGGGACAGCCGCCUCCCGCGGGCGCGCACAAAGCCAGGGCCGCCGCGCCGCCUGGGCGGGCGCUGAGCAGGAAUCCCUUGAAGCUCACCCUGGGAAUGGACAGCUACCUCCAUUUCUGGAGGAGAGUAGUGCCAAUUGAAGAAGCCUUCAAGGCAAGUCGACAAGUGUGCUGUUAACUCAGAAGAGAACAGGGAAGGGGCGACCUUCCAGACUAACAGCCAUGCCUUUUGGGCUGAAACUGCGACGGACCAGACGCUACAAUGUCUUGAGCAAGAACUGCUUUGUGACAAGGAUCCGUCUGCUGGACAGCACUGUGAUCGAGUGCACCCUCUCUGUAGAGAGCACGGGGCAGGAGUGCUUGGAAGCUGUUGCUCAAAGGCUGGAAUUACGUGAGACGCACUACUUCGGCCUUUGGUUUCUCAGUAAGAGCCAGCAAGCCCGCUGGGUUGAACUGGAAAAGCCUCUGAAGAAGCAGCUGGACAAAUUUGCCAAUGAGCCUUUGCUUUUCUUUGGGGUGAUGUUCUAUGUGCCGAGUGUUUCCCGACUGCAGCAGGAGGUAACGAGAUAUCAGUAUUACCUACAAGUGAAAAAGGAUGUUCUGGAUGGCCAAUUACUUUCUUCAUUGGAGCAGGGAAUUCGACUAGCUGGUUUGGCAGUGCAAGCGGAUUUUGGAGACUAUAAUCAGUACGAAUCUCAUGACUUCCUCCGAGACUAUGUCUUGUUUCCUACGGAUUGGACCCAGGAUGAAGCUGUCUUGGAGGAACUGACUCAAAAGGUUGCUCAGGAGCACCGAACUCACAGUGGCAUUACAGCAGCAGAGGCUGAGCUAAUGUACAUCAAUGAAGUGGAACGCCUUGAUGGGUUUGGACAGGAAAUUUUCCCUGUGAAGGAUAAUCAUGGAAAUGACAUACACCUUGGUAUUUUCUUCAUGGGAAUCUUCAUAAAAAACAGAAUUGGAAGGACAACUAUGAUUUAUAGGUGGAAUGACAUUGGGAAUAUAGCACAUAACAAGUCCUCAAUUGUUCUAGAGUUGAUCAACAAAGAAGAGAAUGUGCUCUUUCACACAGAUGAUCUUGAAAAUGCCAAAUAUAUUUCACGACUGUUUGCAACAAGACACAAGUUUUACAAACAGAACAAAAUCUGCACAGAACAAUCAAGUUCUCCUCCCCCUAUCCGACGACGACCCACUUGGAGUAGGUCAUCCUUGCCAAGACAACAUCCAUUUAUACUGCCUCCUAUGCAUGUCCAGUGUGGAGAGCACUACACUGAAACACAUAAUUCACAAGAUAGCAUUUUCCACGGAAAUGAAGAAACUUUCUACUGUAGGUCUCAGACCAGUUUGGAUAGGUGUCCAAUGGACUUCAGCUACUUGAAUGGUAAUGGACCCAAUGGGAGUGUAUGCAGUGCUCACAGCAUGAACUCCCUCAAUCGCUCACAGAACUUCAUCCAGGCAUCUCCUAUGUCCUCAAAUCUUAGCAUCCCUGGAAGUGACAUCAUGAGAGCCGACUAUAUCCCCAGCCACAGACAUAGUGCAAUCAUAGUACCAUCUUACCGGCCGACUCCAGAUUAUGAAACUGUCAUGAGACAAAUGAAAAGAGGGGUGAUACAGAUGGACAGCCAAAGUCAGUCUCUGAGGAAUCUCAAUAUUGGAAACACGCAUGCUUACAACCAGCCGGAAGACCUAGUUUACAGCCAGCCUGAGAUCCGAGAGAGACACCCUUAUACAAUCACGUACGGGCCCCAGGGCAGUGGCUAUAACAAACCCGUCGCCCCAUCUGACCAAAUGAACCCUGGUAACGCUGCACAAAGCAAGGCUGCGGCCAGCGCCAUCUCCCACACUGUCAGCACGCCUGAGCUGGCAAACAUGCAGCUGCAGAGCAGCCAGAGUUACAACACCGCUCACAUGCUAAAGAACUAUCUCUUCAGACCUCCACCUCCGUAUCCUCGCCCUCGACCUGCCACUAGCACGCCAGACCUGGCGAGCCACCGGCACAAGUAUGUCAGUGGGAGCAGCCCUGACUUGGUUACUCGCAAAGUCCAGCUCUCAGUGAAGACCUUCCAAGAGGACAGCUCGCCGGUCGUCCGUCAGUCACUGCAGGAGGUCAGUGAGCCCCUCAUGGCAGUGAAGCACCACGCAGCUGUGAACAAGCGCCAUAGUUUGGAGGUCAUCAGCAGUAUGGUACGUGGUAUGGAAGCCAUGGCGUUGAAAAGCUUAAACGCCCCUCUGCCACGCAGGAACACUUUGCGGGAGCAGGUGCAGCCAGAAGAGCCAGUUCAGAUGGGGCAUGAAGUUCAGCAAGUUCCUCAUUAUCAUCACAAAAUAGAUCACAAAAAGACGUUCUCUGAUGCCACAAUGCUGAUACACAGCAGUGAAAGUGAAGAGGAAGAAGAAACCCCAGAAUCUGUGUCACGGAUAACAGCCCUCCAUGAGAACAUGGAGUACAGCGCUCAGCUGCAAGCUGCCUUGGCUAGAAUACCAAACAAACCUCCUCCGGAGUACCCUGGGCCUCGUAAAAGUGUCAGCAACGGAGCCCUGAGGCAGGACCAUGUUAGCAUUUCUGUGGCGGUAGCCAGGGCCAAGGCCAUGAGGCCAGGGCCUUCCAAAGCCAUGAGCGUCUCUCGAACUGAUCAAAUGGCAAUAAACGGAUCUUCGCUUGGGCCCUCUAUCUCAGAGCCUGACCUCACCAGUGUGAAGGAGCGGGUCAAGAAAGAACCUGUUAAGGAAAGGCCCGUGUCUGAAAUGUUUUCUAUUGAGGACAGCAUUAUAGAAAGAGAAAUCAUGAUGAGGAAUCUAGAAAAGCAGAAGAUGGCAGGCCUCGAGGCCCAGAAGAGGCCCUUGAUGUUGGCAGCGCUGAACGGACUGUCAGUUGCUAGGGUUCCAGUGCCGGAGGACAGCCAGGAUGAAGUCGCCAAGGUGCCAAUGGAUGAGAGGUGCAAAAUCUUGAGGAGGAAGUUAGAAGAGGGGAUGGUGUUUACAGAAUACGAGCAGAUUCCAAAGAAAAAGGCAGACGGGAUCUUCACCACUGCUGCUUUGCCUGAAAACACUGAGCGCAACCGCAUCAGAGAGGUGGUUCCUUACGAGGAGAACCGAGUAGAGCUGGUGCCGACCAAAGAGAAUAAUACAGGCUACAUCAAUGCUUCACAUAUAAAGGUUACGGUAGGUGGAGAGGAGUGGCACUACAUCGCUACCCAAGGGCCUCUGCCACACACCUGCCAUGACUUCUGGCAGAUGGUGUGGGAACAGGGGGUGAAUGUUAUAGCCAUGGUCACAGCUGAAGAGGAGGGAGGAAGAAGUAAGAGUCAUCGGUAUUGGCCUAAACUGGGCUCUAAGCACAGCUCAGCCACUUAUGGGAAGUUCAAGGUGACCACUAAGUUCCGCACAGACUCCGGCUGCUACGCGACAACUGGUCUGAAAGUCAAGCAUCUACUAUCUGGACAAGAGAGGACGGUGUGGCAUUUGCAGUAUACUGACUGGCCAGACCACGGGUGUCCAGAAGAAGUGCAAGGCUUUUUAUCUUACUUGGAGGAGAUCCAGUCAGUGCGUCGCCACACCAACAGCGUCCUGGACAGCAGCAACAACUGCAACCCUCCCAUCGUGGUUCACUGCAGCGCAGGGGUGGGAAGGACCGGGGUGGUCAUCCUGACAGAACUAAUGAUUGGGUGCCUGGAGCACAACGAAAAAGUGGACGUUCCUGUGAUGCUGAGACACCUGCGGGAGCAGAGAAUGUUCAUGAUCCAGACCAUAGCACAGUACAACUUUGUCUAUCAAGUGCUCAUCCAGUUUCUGCAAAACUCCAGACUUAUUUAAUCUUUUCAAACAUCCCAGACCCAGCCUUGGGGAUCUGACUGAACCUUACUGAUGAACAAGGGGAACUGCCUUGGCAACGCUGUGUGCAUAUAUUGCACUUUUUACAGUUGUCCUGAAAGUAAGGAAUGAUUGUUCUUUACAAGAGUCUCCCGUGGAUUAUUUUAUACAAGAUAUAAUUUAUUUUUUGUGGAAUAAUUUGUGAAUUACUUUAAUAACUUGUAAAACUUAUAGUGACCUUCAAAUUGAACCACAUUUGACAUGACCGGUCUGCAUUGUAACAUGUCCAUAGAGAGAGCAAUCCUUUGUAAAGGUAGUUUAUUGGCUUUUACUUUGCUACGCAGCUCCUGAAAUGAACGGCUGUUUGGCAGCGGGCUUUUGUUCUCACCUUAAGAACGUUUUGGACCCAAAUAUGUGGCUUCUGUGGUAAAAACAAGACCUGCUACAUGACAGCUACAGCUCUGUAUGAGUGGAAGCUGAGGGGACACAGUCCUGGAGCAGAGAUCUAAGCCUCUGCACAUGCAGCAAGACACAUUGCAGAGGGCUCAAACACAGGACCUUGUGAGGGCAGAGAGUUUUGGGUGCUAAACUGUUUGAAUUCCACAAGAAUGAUAGUUUUAGACGAGUCCUUGAAAAAAGCGAUACUGGAUCUUUUAAACGAGGCCUUUGCCACUGUCUGCAGCUUUUGCAGGAUCCGUAGGAGCUGAAGCGGUGCAGGGUGAAGUGCAGUGACCCAGAGCAGGAAGUGAACGGUGACUGUGGAAUUUCAACUAAAGGCAGCUGAAAAAACCCUCAAAUCAUGCAUCUUCUCACAAAUUACACUGAAAGUUUUAUUGCCUUGAGGCUCACUUCCUGUAGAAAAGCAAUCUCAUUUAAGUUGGGCAUCUCCAGUUGCUUUAGUUUUUUACAUGUGAACUGUUGCCUUCAGCGCUCUAAUCAUUUUGCUUUCUAGUCAUUCGAACUUUUGUCAAAACGAUCAUUAUCCUUUCCUCCCUAUCUGAGAUCUUCAGAUAGUGACCCUGGAGAGCUUUAGCACAGAAUCUGCCUUCAUUCUUUCCCUAUUGGUGUCUUGUGGUUGGUGAACAUUAGGAGCAGUCUUCCUUUCAGUAUUUGGAAACUUCACUUUGUUAGGGUGGAUUUUGUAUUGAAUUGCACAGGUCAUCUCUUUUCUCUGGUCACUUUGGAUUUUUCCUUCUAUUUAUUAUUACUAUUUUAUCCUGGUAGUGUUCAGGGAUUCCAGUCAGGAUUAGAAAGAUGAUGGAUAAAUGUGUAAAGGAGAAGCCUGAGAUUUACAAUCAGAACAGAAAAGGGAAACAAACCUCUUCCCACUGGAUAACUAGGGCAGAGAUUCUUAACUGGCUUGCCCUCGGCCAACAGUGAAAUUCAACAGAGCUAAGGAAAAAACACAUAUGUCCUGUAAGUAUCUCAACAGAAUAAAGAUUCUCAGAUACUCAGAGAAUUACCUCUCUUCCUCAUCCUCUGCCUCCUCAGCAUUGGCUAGCUGUUUCGCACAACUUAGUGAAUAUCCCUUCCUCCAAAGUGUUUAUUUCACUGGAGUAAAUCUCCUUUUGAAUCGCCCUGCGGUGUGAGACCUGGAGCGUUUACUUACGGGUACUUAGAAGCGAUAAUAAUUGCACCUUUAAAAAAGAAACAACAGAAAAAGAAAACAAAAAAGCUUUAGCAAGUUGUGCUGAGACUCCCACUCUGUUAUUUCUGGUGUCAGAUGGGAACUUUCUGCACUGAGGUUGCUCCCCUUCUCAGCUGGCUCCUCUUCCCACUCUGUGCAUGGCGAUCAGGCUGGAGAGGAGCCAGAGAGGUCUCUGCUCCCAGUCUUGCUCCCCUCAGGGCUACCUUUAAAGUUAGAUAGGCUUGCCCAGGGUCACCUCAGGUUCCAGGGAUCUCACAGCCUCUCAGGUACGUGAUGCAAUGGAGUUACCCUGUCAUGGUGACAUCCUCUUCCUUCUUAUCCCUUUCCCAGAUAAACAUAAUCUUGUUGUCGCAUCGUUGCUUUUCCAUCGCAUCCCCACCUCAAACCCCUGGUCAGCGUGCAAAAGCCUAAGUCUACUGGCACCCUCAACUUCAGCCCUAAGAGGGGCCCUACUUUUCAGUAGCUUCAGCUCCCACUGAUGCUAAGGCUCCAUACCAGAAUGUUGCUUAAAUAGCUGUGUGGUGUUGAUCUGGGGCUCUGCAAUACAGGCCUAACAAUGUGACAAGGGUUCUGGUGGGGACAUCUAGCUACCUACAAGUGGUGAGAAGCUACUUAGCUGUAAUAUCUUGACCACAUUCCUUUUCAGGGAUCAGUUGAGUUUUCAGUCAACUUUAGUUUUCCUCUAGUUUCUCCUGCCAAUGCCAACAUAUCUCUUGUUAAAUUAGCAGCAACCAUUUAAAGUCUUUUCAGCAGCAUCUGCAUGGUAAUUGCACAGAGAUGCUUUAUAUCUGGGAAACAAGCCAAGGAAUAAACCUUGAAGCAAAGUGUAUUAAAUUAGUUAUCUCGUUAUAACUUUUUGAAUAAUUUCCUAAUGAUGAAUUAAGUUUGAACUCAGAGCUGUCAGGUCCCAUUGCUCUACUUGGAUGUGAGAAGUAGAAAAUCAGGAGGGAAAAGAAUCUGUUCCUGUGUCUUAUUAUUCAGCUGCUCUUGGCUGAAACGUAUCCCUCUGUUUUUACAGUGAGCACAGGAAAGUUAAUGCAUAAGAGAAAUGUAAAGGGCUGUGUUUGAAAGGAAGAAAAUUAGGCAAAUGGUUUUUAUGCAAAGAUGCAUCAUAGGUGUCUUAGAAAAAUAUUAAUUAUGAAAUGGCACCAAAAAUCCUUUCCAAAUUAAGUCAGUGCCUAUUAAUGAGCCAAGUAAGUGGCCGCAUAAUAAACAGUCAUUUCCAAUUAACUCCCACCGUGGCUGGUAUGGGAGGCAGAGGCCAACGUGACUCAGUUUUUCCCUUUCAUUGUCAAAGAACAGCAAUUUUAAACUUUUCCUUUCAUCUGACUUCAACGUAUUUUUUCCUGCUAGAUUUUAUCUUGGCUAGAUCUGCUAAUAUAAUCAGUGAAUUGGGCUGGUGCAUGCCUUCAGAGGUUCCCUUCCACCCCAGCUUGCCACCUAACCUCAGCAUGCCCGUGUUUUAUGACCAAAAUGUGAUACAGUUUUGUAGGGGAAAAACUGAACCAUCUCACUUUGAACCUGUCGUAGUUUUAUCAGAACAAAACUGCUUGGGCAGUGUUUCCUAACCUUUAGGGAGUGACAGGAAAAUGCAUUUUGAAUCCAGUUUUAUUAGUCAUAGCAAGGAACGAAUGCAUGAGACUUGAAGCAUGAGGCGCUCAUGCUCCUGGACUCCUUCUCGGGGACAGCUGGGAGUGGGUGAGUCACACUGGGGAAAUCUAUGGUGCACGUCUUCCUUUUGGGGCACUCUUAGUAUUUAUAACACCCUUUUCUUUUUUUCAUUCAAGUCUUACCAAUGAUAACAUUGAGGUUGCCAGCUCCAAAUUUUUAGCUAAGGUUCCAGUCUGAGCAUUUCAUGCCUAAUGUUGUCCCAUCAGGGAUGACGGAGGUGACUGCUGAGUUCUGCUGCUCAGAGCUGCAAGUGGCCCGUUUCCAGCCUCCUCGGUCUGCACUGGUGGACAUCAGUUCCUUCUUGUUACAGCUGCUCCACAGGCCCUGCUUUGGCACCUCUAGUCCUUUUUACCCCAAGGGACGAUGAACCCAGACUUUCUCCUAUGUAGGUAUACAGGGACCCUAAAUGAUCAGCCUUACCACAAAUAACAUUCUUCUUCUCUGGAGGUUUCCAAAACCACCUGGACGUGUUCCUGUGUGACUUGAGGUGAACCUGCUUUACCAGGGGGUUGGAAUGGAUGAUCUCUAGAGGUCCCUUCCAACCUCUCCCAUUCUAUAAUUUUAUGAAGUACUUUUUCCCUGAACUAGUUUCAGAUGGCAGGAGAUACAGCUGUGGGAAGUUACUCAACCUAUUGCUAAUGCUGUCCUUUAUAAAAAAGUAUACUGAAGGACAUUUCCGUUCCACUUAUUUAAAUCAGUUGCCUCAGCUACUAGUAGUAUUACAUUUUAUUAAGUAUUUGCAUGACUUUUUUUUAAUUACUUUUUUGUCAACAGUCAGAAAUGCAAAUGGCAAAGCAUAGGCUGCAAAAGAGUAAGUCUCAGUGCUUCAAUUAAUUUUUUGAUCCAAUAUGUGCUGUCUGUAUAGCCCACAAGUGACUCUUAAAGUAAAUGGUGAUGGACGAUCUUGCACAGGGAUGUAGGACACAUAUAUGUGGGGAAAAUGCAGCAGCUCCUGCCCAUGCUGCAUUCUCAACACCUGCUUUGCCACUGGUCUCCUGGGAGGAGGUGACAACUGAAGUAGCUAUUGUCAGUCUUGCUAACAGUUGCUGAGCCUUGUGCUUCCCAAAGCAGAGGCAUCAGCAUGGCUGACGCCUCCUGCAGCAGCUUGUGUCCCCCUUUUGGAGGUCAGAGUUAAAUUUUGCUGCUUGUCUUGGAGGAAAGGAAUGCUUCACAGCCAGAGCACGAUGGUGGCACCCGUGCUCCCUGCAUGAAAUGAAGGAUGCAUCAUGUUGGAGGAGCAAAUACCACAACUGACCUUGAAACAGAAGCCCUGCACAGAAACAUUUGGCCACAUCUCUACAAAAAAGGGCAGAGCUCUGCUGAUGUAUAUAGUGUCAAGUCAGGUAGAGUCUGAAGAAGGGUUUUCAUGCCAAGGAGAGAAAGAUUGCAAGUCCAACCCCAACCCCCAAGGCAAUUGUCCCCAGUUGGUUCUUAGCCUCCUGGAGGGUUUUUCUUGUAGGAUCUGGUGCUAUGGGAAGCAGAGCUGCCAUCUGAGUCUUCAGAGAGGACAUUCUGCAUGCAGGUGCAUGCAGCCUUGGCUUGCAGGGACAGUGAUGCAAGGAAGGGAAGGGCUGGCUGUUAGGCACACAACAGAAGGUGGAGGUCUUAACCAUAGGUAACCUGUUCUUAGAUUGUGAAACAAAGCAUUUAAUCCACAGGUCAAAAAUAGCAGUUUUUAUAUAAAUAUCUUAAGUAAAUAAGUUUUGUCAGUGUUUUUAGACCUGACUCCAGGUCUGUUCGUGCCUCUCAGCCUGUUUCCUGCUGGUGUUUCUUUGAAGCUUUAUUGCCUGAGAGUGGCUCCACAUGCAACAAGAGCAGGACUUUGCCUUUACCUCUGACUUCCAAUUCACCCUCUAAAAUAGCAGCUUUCACUGAAGAAUCCCAGCACUAUUUCACAGCAAGGGAAAGACUAGUUCUUAAGCUGAUCCCUGAAACAUAUAGCGCUGAACCGUUUCGCUCCUCCAAAUCACUGGGGUAAGGACUUGAUGGGUGUUGGGGACAUUCAGCUUUCAUUCAUUUUGGGGGCAGCACUCCCCAAUUAGGCAGGCAGAGGAAGAAAUAAAAGAGAAAGGCUUCCCAUAAACUACUUCCAUGGCGCCUGCCAUGGUCACCAUGGUGACCAGCCUUGGUCACCCCAUCUUGGCCAGGAGGGUGCUCAGCCCCUCCAGCACCCCUGGCCACCGUCCUUUAGGGACACCUGAAAGUGAAGGUUACAUCCCGCUCACGGUGUUUGAGAGCUGCUGCCCAGGCAUCCAGCUUCCAGGCAUCGCCUUACCUUUUCUUUAGAACCCACUGCUCCCUCUGGCCUUCGCAACGUCCUGUGGUGGGGAGUUCCACAACUUAAUUAUACAUUAUGAUGUCUGUAAGAACUUCCUUUUUGUCUAUGUUAAAAAAGUAUUUUCUUGCUGCUAUUCAGUCUUUAAAACAGUCUUUAGUGUCAGAAACAUUGCUAACAGGGUGUUCAUCCUGUUGAGUUUGCUCUGUAUGGGAAGGAUGUUUUCCUCAUUACUAAAGUACCUUUCUGUGGCUAUUUUACAAUGGAAAAAAAGUUUACACAUGCAGAUGACUGUAAUACUCCCACACAUAACUGUGUGGGACACGUGUUAAAGGUUAUAACCUGCUUAAGAUUUAUGUCACUGGAUUUCACUGUCCUGUUUUACUUCAGUAUUUUGAUGCUGCCUGUGUUACUUGUUCUGUAACUCCGUACGUGACAGUUUAGCACAAGACUGUGACUCAAAUCUCACCCCCUCACUGUACAUACACAGUCUGGAGAGAAACAAGAUGUCGGUUACAUGCCCUUCCUGCCCCCCACUCCCUCGUGUUAGGGCUGAGCAGCAGAACUGGCCUCUGCCACUGACAGCCUUUAAAGAAAAAAAAAUCUAUGCAUGCUAUUUUAUAUUCUAAUGUAUUAUUCUUAUCAGUACAUAAGCUUAUGCUUGUCAGUUUUAUCUUGUGUAUAGAACUGAUUACUUUUGACAGUAUUUUUGCACUGUUUCUUUUCUUUCUCUUUUUAUAAAGUUCUAUUCAGCAUUAAUUGACUGCAAUAAUUUUUUUACCCCAUUCACUGCCUUUGUGUAAAUAGGUUCUUGUAUGCUUUUGCAAAUAUGAGAAUGUCUCCAGUCACUUAAGGUUUUUUGGUAAGGCUGUCCUUCAUGUUCACAGUAUACAAUAAACCCCAAUUCUUUUUUUCAAGGAAAAAAAA